GUAAAAACACGUGUAACAUUACACUACAAGUAAAUUUCGUCAGUAGUUUUGGGAUAAGUUCGGGAAAUUGCCGUCCUCGAAGAGAAUCACCUUAAAGUGACAAUGGCUAUUGCCCAUGGGGAGAAACUUUUGAAAUAUUUAGAAGAAAAUGGGACGGCAAAUUCCUUGAAAUUAUCAGAGCUAUGGAACGAGGAACAUCAAAAGAUAGUGGGAACUGUAAAAAGUCUACUUUGUCUUGGAGAUGUAAUUGAAGCUGAACUGCAAAGUAAUGUGAAAUGGGAUCUUACCGAGGAGGGGAAACAGGUUGCUACACACGGGAGUCAUGAAGCCCAAGUUUACAAUGCCAUUCCACCUUCUGGAAGUACACAACCAGAGAUUAUGGCACAAGCUUCCAUACUGAAUGCUGGUUUCACAAAAGAUAUUGCUAAAGUUGGUUUCAGUAAAGCCAUGUCCCUUGGAUGGAUUGCUGUUGACAAGAGUUCUGGAGCUCCCAAGGUUGUUCGAAAAAUUGAUUCUAUUCAAGAUUUGGUUCAAGAACAUCUUAAAGAAAUUGCUUCUGGGAAAAAUAUGCUUACCAAUGAACUCAGAACAGAGUAUAAAAAGCGUAAACUCAUACAAGAAAUAGUUGUGAAGAGUUAUGAGAUGAAACCUGGUUCAUCUUUCAGCACAAGUGUCACCAAACAGGAGACUGAUCUUACACCUGAGAUGAUAGCUUCAGGCUCCUGGAAAACAAAGGAGUUUAAACCCUACAAUUUGAAUGCACUUGGCACUCCAGUACCACGCGGACACUUACAUCCCCUGAUGAAAGUACGAGCUGAAUUUCGACAAAUAUUUUUGGAAAUGGGUUUUACGGAGAUGCCCACCAAUAAUUAUGUCGAAAGCUCGUUUUGGAAUUUUGAUGCACUUUUUCAACCCCAACAACAUCCAGCCCGAGAUGCCCAUGACACCUUUUUUCUUGCUGAUCCAGCAACAGCUUCCAAUAUCCCUUCUGAUUAUAUGGAACGUGUGAAAAAUGUGCAUAGCUAUGGAGGUUAUGGCAGUCAAGGUUAUGGCUAUGACUGGAAGGUAGAAGAGGCACAAAAGAAUCUACUCCGAACUCAUACAACCGCCGUUAGUGCUAGAAUGCUUUACGCCCUCGCCCAGGGCGGUUUCAAACCAGCCAAAUAUUUCAGCAUUGACCGUGUAUUCCGUAACGAAACACUUGACGCAACACAUUUAGCUGAAUUCCACCAAAUUGAGGGAGUCAUCGCAGACUACGGCCUAACACUAGGGAAUUUAAUUGGAGUGCUGUAUGAAUUCUUUCGCAAAUUGGGAAUUGACAAACUACGAUUCAAACCUGCAUACAAUCCGUAUACUGAACCCAGUAUGGAAAUUUUUAGUUACCAUCCUGGCUUGAAAAAAUGGGUCGAAAUCGGAAAUUCUGGUAUAUUUCGACCGGAGAUGUUGCUGCCCAUGGGACUUCCUGAAGACGUCUCGGUCCUCGCAUGGGGCCUUAGUUUAGAAAGACCCACAAUGAUUAAAUACGGCUACGACAACAUCCGAGAUUUGGUGGGACCUAAAGUUAACCUUCAAAUGGUGGCAGACAACCCGCUUUGCCGGCUGGACAAACACCGCGGUACUGAAAUCAAAGAACCGGACUAUUUACAAGAAUUGGAAAUUCGUAUGGAUUCAAUUAUGACCCGACUUCGUAAGAUUGAAAAUGAAGUGAGCAAGUUAAGAAAACAGUGCAAAGGGAGUCCAGAAAAGUUGACUCUCGUCAUCGAAGCUGAUCCGAACUAUCCCCCACUGUCAGUUCAAACCUUAAUCCGAAUUCUGAUGGCUAGCAGAAAUCCAAUUUCAGUGACUAUUCACCAGCAUUCAUCUCUCAAAACGGCUUGUUCUUCCGAUUUGAUGCAAUGGACGAAGUCGACAAUAUCAAACGUUAGCCGAGUGGACAGUUUAUUCAAUCUUACCUGGAUAUGGAAGCCCGUAGGACCUCAUCCAACCGCAAAAGUAGUCAAUCAGUGUAGCGGAGAUAUUUGCGGUGAGACUGCCGUAGCUCGUCUUUUGGCGCGUCUUCUCGAAUCGUGGACCGAUUGUGUGUUCUAUGAAAACUAUGAUAUAAACACUACUGCAGAGAUUGAUGAUUGGUUAGAUAUGUGGGAAAGUUGUAUUCAAUCUGGUGACUCCACUUUCCUUGUGUUGAUAAAGCGUAUUAAUAACCGAUUGAAUAGUUGCGAUGGACGUAAAUGGUUACCUGGCGUCCUUCCUGGAACUAAAUCCCUCGCAGAUAUUUUCCUAUCCACCCUUCUGGGUCACAAACUAAACAGUGAUCGGGCGAAAGAAUGGCUGUCGCGAUGUAACUCGUUUUGAUGCAAUCCUAUCAAUGGUUUCAGUGGCGUCGUCUAUGUGACAAUACAAUUACGUUGCAAAUGUG